AAAAUUCCGGUCCCUUUCCGCAUCGAUAUUUGAGUCAAAUGACGUUCUUUUUAUUAGACAAACGUCAAAAUCAGUCGUACAUUUUUGCAAUUCUACUUGGCCGAAUAUUUCAUAAAAAGGAAAAUUAAUCGUAAAAACAGCAGAUAUAAUUAUUAGCGGAUUUUUAUAGACAUUAUAUUACAUACAUUUUGUUUUAACAAUAGUAGUUCAUUUGAUGUUAUAAAUUGCUAGAAAAUAUAAACAAAAUGGAAACGUCAUCUGUUCUAUGUUGUGGAUUUUAUUUCCCAUAACAUUGAGAACGAAUAUACAACAUAUAAUACGUUGUACGUGUUGGAUUAUUGAAAGUCGAUAACCAAAAGUGCAAUGCGUAGUGACCUGUGAAUCUGAUGCGCCACAAAUAUGAAUUGGUUCGAUACUUCGGGUUUGACAAGUCUCGCGAAAACGGCUCUGAAAGAAGCCCAGAAAACCAUCGAUAAAGCCCUGGAUAUUCAAGACGAGAGCGGUGAAGAGACAGAGAAUGAGUCCUCCGCCCAAAACGUGGGAAAAUCUUCACCAGGUAACAGUAGUGCUGCCGAAAAAGACAACUCAGAUUUCUUUGCUUCAUGGGGGUUGACGGUGAGCGCUGAGAGUUCUAAAGAUGAACCAAUCAAGGAACAGCCUGUGGUCACCGAGAGCCCUUCUAAAGCGACGUCCCAAAGCCUUUGGGGGUCUUUCGCGGGCUCGUUUUUCGAACAGCCUAAAGACAAUGAACCUGAUACUGCCAUAGUAAAACCCCCUAAAGCUAAAUCUAUGAAUUUAAUUUCUGAUGUCAAAUACGGCAGUCAAGAUGAUUUGUUUUCUAAAAGCCAGCUUGUUAUGUCUGAUGGGGCAGAGGGAUUAGAAAAGAAAAUACAGUGUAGUAAAGAUGAUGUCGGGAAAGAUGAUAGGCGUUCAUCAACAAGGUCAAACAGACUUUCUCUAAUGUCAAGUAGGAACAGUUCUGAUUCUGUUGAGGUGUUGUCUCAGAGUAUGAAAACUACUCCGGAUUCGGAGGCUGCGUCCGGGCAAUCCAUGUCCCAUAGCAGCAGUGUUGGCCAAAAACUUAAUUCUGAUUCAGUCGAAGUGCUGCCAGACAGCCUUGUGAGCCCAAGUUCUAUUGAAUGCCUUGGUUUCGGUAGUUACUCUAGUGACAAAAACAGUAGCACAUCAUCUAAUCUUUCUCCAGGUGAUGUAAGUGACAAGAAAACAACUACAAUAGGUGAACAUACGGAAAGGCCAGAAACUGCUGACAGCGUGAGCUUGGUGGCAGAUGAUGAUGAAGACACUAUGUCAUACAACUCUGUAUCUGAGUGCACUGCACCUACAGUCUUAGAUACUGAUGACAAACCAGUUAGUCCAUUUCAAAAACCAAUAAGAGCUGAACCAAAAAAAGGAAUUGAUAAAGAUUUCAUUCAUUUGGAGCAGUCUUUGUCCCAGAAGAUGCAAUUCAGUGAGAAUUCUUCUAAUGAUGGGUCCUGGUCGGACAGGACAUUGAAUGCAGAUAGCGACAGUAUUACUCUAGAGACUGCAGAAGAACAGAAUAAGAAAAGUGAAGAAGAACUAUUGAUGGAAAGACUAAGUGAUUCCUCAUCAUUCUACGAUGUGAAUGUGACUGCAGAAAUGUCUAGAUCUGAUACAUCAGCCUUUGUGAAUAUCGAGAGGAACCAGUGUGAUGCGCCUGGCAGCAGUGACUCUUCUCAGAAAGAAUGCAGCGUGAAGGAGAGAACAUCGCCCAUAAGUUCUGACAGUAAAAGUGAUUUAGUCAAAAUUGGUUCUGACAGAACGUCGGGGCAUACUUCUGGUGACGAGUUAGAGACAACAACUUCGUCUGAUAUUGAGAUAAUUCCUAGUCCAAAUGGUGACAGCCAUGGGUACAGAAGCAGCCCCACCAAGUAUGCUUUUAAGGGGAAGUUUGAUGGAACUACAUCUCCAAAUUUAGUUGAUUUAGUGUUGGGAAAGUCUCUAGCUACGAAGAUAAGGGGCCACAAUCGAGAGUUAUCUGAAGCAUCUGUGCAGAGUAAUACGAGCGACGAAAGCCAGUGUUCCGAGACUGAUCGUUUGAUGCGGAGGUUGUGCGAGAUGGCGGAGAUUUUGGAAUCACGGGAGAGCAGGCUGAUGGAAGUGAGUCGGAGCAAUGCGGAGCUGGCGGAGAACAACGCGGAUUUGAAGACGCAGGUGGAGUCUUUGCUGGCUAAACAUGAGGGUGGUGAUAUUUCUAUGAUCACUGAAGAUUAUACUCAGAGGAUGUCUGCUUUGGAGAAGAAGUUCCAACAGGCUAUUAGAGAAAAGGACCAGCUAAGGAAACAGCUUGACUCAUUGAAGUCCGAGUCUUCGUCCCGCAAGAACUCCUCGGAAAUGGAGAACGCGCUGAAAGAGAAAGAUGACGUCAUCGCCCAGCUGCAAGAGGAGGGGGAGAAGCUGGCCAAGCAGCAGCUGCAGCACUCCAACAUCAUCAAGAAGCUGCGCGCCAAGGAGAAGGAUAACGAGCAAGUCAUCAAGAGUAUGAGGGACAAGAUAGCAGAACAGUCAGCGGAGAUGGACCGGCUGAAGCGGUCGAUGGCAGCGAAGGAGGAGCUGGAAGUGAACCAGAUUGAAGCCGUGUACCGUCUCACCACGGCCAAUAAGAAGUUGGAGACUGAGCUGUUGGAGACAAAAAGCCAACUAGAAGACACCACGUCCCGCCUGGAAACUACACGUAGUUCCCUUGAAGUGGCUCGCCGGGAGCUGACCGAGCUUCAGCGCGGCGCCACCGAGGUGUUCCGGCUGCGGGCCGCCAACGCGAGGCUGGAGGAGGAAGCUGGUGCCGAGAGGCAGGCGGCCGAGACCCUCAGGCAUGAGCUGCAGCAGCUGCGGGCCGAGAUGGUCAAUGAGCAGAGCCGCGCGGCCGGCCGCGAGGAGGCGCUGCGGCGCGCGGCGGACGAGGCGCGCGAGCAGCUGGCGCUGGCCACGCGCGACUCGCCGCAGCUCAUGCGCGACGAGGGCGUGGCGACGCUGCUGUGCCAGCUGGCGGCGCUGCAGCGCGCGGCGCUGGACCGCGACGCCAACUACCACAACUACGUGGGCGCCGUCGCCGACAAGCUCAACGCAGCUGACGCCAGGAUAGCCAAAGCCACGGAGAACGAGCGCGUGGCUCGCGAGCAGAACGAGCAGCUGCGCCUGCACAUCUCCAGCCUGCAGCAGAGACUCCGCGACGGAGACGCUCUGGCCGACAGGAUCCGAGCGCUGGCAGCAGCUGCGGGAGACGGAGUGUUCGCUGGCCAGGUGAGCUCCAGCAGGAGGUGGCACAUCUCCAGCCUGCAGCAGAGACUCCGCGACGGAGACGCUCUGGCCGACAGGAUCCGAGCGCUGGAGCAGCAGCUGCGGGAGACGGAGUGUUCGCUGGCCAGCAAAACCCAGGAGCUGGAAGAAGCCAAGGCCUCGUGGGCCGCGGAGGAGGCGGCGCUGCGGCAGGGCGCGGCGCGGCUCGAGGCCGAGCUGCGGGAGCAGGGCGCCGCGCUGGCGGCCGAGAGGAACCGCGCCGCCAUUCUGCAGGAGCAGCUGACCCGCGGCGAGCCGUCCCCGCCGCCGUCCGUGGCGUCCGACUCGCUGUCCAACUCCAUGUGGCCGCUCGAGGACGUGCCGGGCCCCGCGCCGGCGCCCGCCGUGUGCGCGCUCAGCGUGGAGGACACUCUGUCCACCCUCACGAGGAGGGACGGGGAGCUGCGGGCGCAGGCCGGCACCAUCGCCGCGCUGCUGGGCGAGCGGGAGCGGCUGCGGGCGCUGCUGGCCGCGCUGCAGGCCAGGCUGGACCUCUACCAGGGCAUCCAAGAGCAAUACGACGCGCUGCUGCAGAUGUACGGCGAGAAGGAGGAGCAGCUGUCGGAGCUGCGGCUGGACCUGCAGGACGUGACGCAGCUGUACAAGCAGCAGCUGGACGAGCUCAUCGCGCUCCGCCAGCACAGGUAGCUCCGGUAGCUCGCGCCGCUCAUACUAGUGUGUACGAAGCGGAAAAUUUACAAUUAUUUGCCUAAUUUUUCCGAUUCAUAACUCUUGUUCAGAACCGCCUCCAAUUGAUACCCUCCUUUUUUGAAGUCGGUUAAAUUUCUUCAACCUUCUCCUAAGUCCAAUGAGCAUUUUCUGAAAAACCGCAUCAAAAUCGGUUUGGAGGUUGUUAAAAGGGAAAAUUAAAAAUAUUUUUGAGUCUGGAGUAUUUCUAUGUUGGAUAUGUUGCUAAUAUGAAGCGCUACCAUGAGCGUCUUGGAUACUAAAAACUAUAUUUGAUAAAAAUGGCCGUCGAGUUGUGAGUGCGAGUUUUUGGAAUUCUUGACUAUGUGAAUCAUGAUAACGUACUCUGUGAAUUCUUGAUUUUUUGUGAUAUAAAUCAUUCGAGUAUGUUAACUUCGGCAGUUUCAUAAGAACAAGACAAGCAUUAGCGCCAAAAUGGCUUAAAACGAUCAUUUGUCGCCAGUGUGAAGUCGAGAGUAUAUUAUUGAGGUCAGUCUGCUAUGCCGUGCGGCAGUGACUUGCGGAAUUAACUGAAUGUCUAUGAUAAAUAUCAUUUAAAUUAAUGAUUAAUACGAGUAACUUAAGACUAGCCUGUAAUUUUUUAUUAUUUUGGAAAUUACAGGGAAGACAAUCUAUAUGUCUAUAUGAUAUGCGUGCACGUCACUGCCAUACGAUUACAAAUUAAGUUUCUGUGAAAUAUCACAAAUUUCAAAAAUUGAAUUCAUUCCACUUUUAAAUAAAUGUAUAACCCAAUUAUAACUCAUGAAUUAAUAGUAGCCAAUUAAAUAGUUUUUCCUUCAGAAAUAAAGGAUUUUAAGGUUUUAAAAGAAGGUAAACGAAAUUACAACGUCUAAAAUCCAGCCAAUGGCGUGCCACCACAGAUAAAAAACAUUUCAUCGAUUGGCGGAAUGGAUUGGUGUUAUCGAACCUUCUUUUAAAUACCCUAAAUAUAGACUGUAGGUACUGCUUACUUAAUUGCUAUUUCAUUACAGGUGUACGUAGUAUUUAGAUGAAGGGCAAUAUGUAUCCUUAGAAUAAUCACUCAUUAUCACUCAAUUUUUGAAUGUCAGUUUAAAAAACUUAUGUAUUACGGUCCGUGUGAAAGUUCCUUAAGUCAGUCAUGCCAUCAUUUAGUCUGUUAUUUUAGUCAUUAUGGAUUUAUUACGUUAAUGGUGUAAAGGUACAGAUAUACAUACGCAAGAGUGUUUUGCUGGAAAUAAAAAUACAGAAAACUUGAAAAUAAAUUGAUGAUUGUGUUUGUACAUCUGUACCGUGAUACAUAAAUGAUAUAUAUUUGGUGCUUGGCAGGUGUAAUUAUAUUUAUUUGGCCAAUCUCGGGUGAUGUUUUAGAUUUAUAAUGUGUUAUUAUGUAUAUUGUUAUUAUUUGUGCCGUCUUCUCCCGAUUGAGCAUUUGUCUGUAAUAAUUUCUGACAUUUAUUCCCAGAAUAAGUAAUUUUAAUGUUUAAACUAAGUAGUUAAGGUAUACAUGUCUGAAUGUCGAUUCAAAAUCAAUUAGAGGAAAUAGUUGUAACCUUUGACUUAUUAAUGUAUGAAUGUCCGCAUUACCUGGUAAAUUACAUUGAAUGUAUAUGUAAAGACUUUUUAUCCUUAUUAUUAAUUGCGAAAUUGUCAUUGUGUUACUUUUCAUGAUCAAUCACCGAUCCGAUUAAAUUAAAUACAAAGAUAGUCCGAAGUCAUGGAAAGUCUUAAUCUUAAUAAAUAAAUAAAUGCUGCAUUCGAGCGCAAUAUUGAUUCACCGAUUUGUUGUGCCUUUUGGCCUAAAAUGUUGUAUUUACUUUAUAAUGUUUUAAACCAGUGUUCUGUACCUGGACAAAGGCUUAUAUCAUAUAAUACACUGCCGCGGACAGGAAUUUGUAUUUGUACUUAUUCUCAAUGGGUGUUUUAAAAAUCAUAGCAUUUUACAAUUCAUUCAUAUGUAGUACGUAGUUAUAUGCUUUUUGGAAAUUGCAAUGUCAUUCUAUCUGUUGUAGCAUUAACCCUGUUAAAGGCGGUUGGUAUGGGUAAACGUUUAGUGGCUUUUCAGUCUGGUAGGGAAUGGUAUGUACUGUGGUAUUGUAACAUAGCUUGUGAUGAGAUAACUAUACAAUGAUGAAUGAGAUUAUGAUAUCAUGAUAAAGUGAUAGGAUUGUUACAGACUGUUCUGGGAAGACUGUGAGAUAUUGUUGGCUAAUUUAGUAUCUUAAUAUAGAUAAUGAAUAUAAUUCUAAUUUAUCAAUCGCUAUACCAAAUUUUGGAAAUAUGUGUAUCAUUUAUUUCUCAAAUAAAGUUAUGUAAAUAUA